CAACAAGCCGCAUAAUAUUGUUUACUUCUGCCUUAACCCUCGACAAUCACAAACAAACAGUAUUUAGUAUCAACAACGAAUAUUGCGGAAUAGCGGUCGGAAAACUACCUGAUUUCUCCUGUUGAUCUGACGAUGCGCCACCCUUAAUGUUUACAUUACACUUUCCAUCCAUCGGCUCCAUCUAAUAGGACCAACCCAUUCCCACAACACAACACAAAACAAUACACAACAUCAUGAACGCACACGACAAACCCAUCCCUGCGUUCUACUGCUGCUACCUCCUCCGCUCAAAGAGCCACAAAACAUUCUACAUCGGCUCCACUCCCAACCCAGCCAGGCGCCUCGCCCAGCACAACGGCGACAGCAAGGGCGGCGCAAAACACACCUCCGCCCAGAAAAGCCGGCCCUGGGAAAUGACCUGCAUCGUCACUGGCUUUCCCUCAAGAUACGCUGCCCUUCAAUUCGAAUGGAGCUGGCAGAACACGCAUGAGACGAGGCACAUCGAAGCUCACGUCCGGACAGCACGUGCAGAAGCGGCACGGGCGAACAAUAAGAAGAAAUCAGACCAGCCUCUCAAAUCCCUCAAAGCGAGGCUGGAGAAUCUCUGCUACCUGUUAGGAGUCGAAAGUUUCAGGAGAUGGCCGCUGCAGAUUCGGUUUUUCUCCGUGGAUGUUUAUAAGGCUUUCUAUAAACAUACUGCGCAGAUGACACCAGGCUUACGCAAGGAUGUCAAAGUCAUAUUAACGCCAGCAGACCUCUCGAGUAUCGCACCGGACCCAUCGCUUCAGAACGGUGUAUAUGGAAUUCCAACCGUCAUACGUGACAUAUCUGUCGCUUACGAAGAUGUCAAGAGCCAUGUAGAGAAAGCGAAGACAUUGCUGGAGACUGCUCCGAUCCAUACCUGUGCAGUAUGCCGGAGCGCGAUAGAAACUAAGACCUCACUCUUCCUAGUAUGCUCCGCUCUGGGUUGUAGUACUACUUCUCAUGUGAAUUGCCUCUCAGCAACGUUCCUCCGAGAAGAAGGAAGUACCACUGGAGCCAUCAUUCCAAUAAGAGGAACAUGUCCCGGCUGCAAGACUCAAGUCGAGUGGGCCGACAUGGUAAAGGAACUAAGUCUACGAAUUCGCGGCCAGGAAGAGAUCGACACCUUAUUCAAGCCGAAACGAAGGAAACGGGUCAAUAGCGCAUCUGAGGCAGAAGCACAACUCUCCACUGAAGACGACGAGGAUCUAGAUGAAACUUGGAUGCAAGACGUCGAGCAUGCAGAAGACGAAUUCCCAGACAUUGACGACAUAGCUAGAUCAUAAUGCAAAACAUGAACAUAAUGAUAUCUUUAUACUUAUG